AUGGAGCUAUUGUCAAAUGAGCUUUCACAUUCAGAUGAUCAUGGUGUGCUCCAUUUGCCACCUGCAUUGGAUAUAACAGAUAGAUCUGCGAAGCUACUUAAUACCCAUCCAACUAUGACAAAUCAUCAUCAAGGUCUUGGUCGUUCAAUUUUUUUGAAACAAUCACGACAUUAUUAUGGGCACCAAUAUUUUCGACGUAACUCUACCAAUCAUGCAAAUGCAUCGUCUUCACGUGGCAAGGAAAAUAGAGAGAAAGUGUUUUCAAGGCCAGAGAGAAUUCGAUCAAGCUCCUUAGGGAUGGAUGCAAUAUCAUCAAAUAAAGAAGAUAUGGAUUGUGGGAUAUGUGAGAAACUGCUAAGUCAAAAAAUUAACUUUUUUGGGAGUUCAAUUUCUUCUACUGAACUUUCAGUUGUGGCAGUUUUAGUAUGUGGUCACGUUUACCAUGCAAAUUGUUUGGAGCAAAAAACUAGAUUUGAAGAUCCACGUGAUCCACCAUGCCCUGUGUGCGCGA